AUGAGCUCAGAUUCCGACGACGGCACCAUUAAGGUUCCUGCUAGCACCGAAGACUCGGAUUUCGAGGGCCCUGAGACAGAUAUGUAUGUUUUGUGCCAUGGACACGGGAAGGCAGCAGAAAGGCGUGUUGCUUUCGAAGGGAUUCACACUGGCAGGAGGUUUCUUUGUUGUGCAGAGAAGUUAGGUCAUUUUGUUAACUCUGUCAGGAAGAGUAAGAUGGACAGGAAUGAGGAAUGUCUGAUGCAUUCAUUUACUGUUCAUGACCUGACACAAGAGAAGAAGAAACUCCAGGCCAGCUAUGAGAAGUUGGUUGAAGAUGUCAAUGCACUUAUGGAUGCCCAGGAGCAGAGGGCAGUGAUAGAAAGGAAAGAUGCUGAAACAACCAAGUUGCAGGAGCAGUAUGACACUUUGAAGAACAUAGCAGCUGCUCAAGGUACUGUCAUUAGGAACAUGAAGUUGAAGCUAGCAAGAGAGAAGAAGAAUUUGCAGAUCCACAUUGAUGAGCUCAAGAAGACAAUUGAAGAGAGCAAUGUGAAGCUGGAGGGGAUCAAGGCCAUCAUAAAUGGAUAA